CUCGGUUCUACAUUCUCUCCCUCCUAAACCUCUCUUGAACCCUCCACCAGCCCGAAGCAGAAAAGAAUGGCAGCAGAAAUGGCUAUUCUCAAACCCAUUUCAUUCAAACCAGAAACCGGCAGCACAAGGGCCAUCUUCAAAAUCAGCCAUUCCUCAAAAUCAUGCAUAAGAUGCCUCCCCAAGAUGUCUGCCGCGCCUCCACCCCAGGGGAAUGCAGUCAGCAAGAAAGGCAAGACGGCCAUCAAGGAGACUCUGCUGACGCCGAGGUUCUAUACCACGGAUUUUGAGGCCAUGGAAGCACUCUUCAACCCCGAGACCAACAAGCACCUGAACAUGAAGGAGUUCGAAGCCCUACUGCAGGAAUUCAGAAACGACUAUAAUCAGACCCAUUUUGUGAGGGACAAGGAGUUCAAACAAGCGGCCGACAACUUGCAAGGCCCGAUGCGUAGCAUCUUUGUUGAGUUCCUCGAGCGGUCGUGCACUGCCGAGUUCUCCGGCUUCCUUCUUUACAAGGAAAUCGCUCGCAGACUCAAGAAAACCAAUCCUGUUAUCGCUGAGAUAUUUGCACUCAUGUCAAGGGAUGAAGCCAGGCAUGCAGGGUUUCUGAACAAGGGUCUUGCUGAUUUUAACCUGGCACUUGACCUUGGCUUCCUAACAAAGGCUAGGAAGUACACAUUUUUCAAGCCAGAAUAUAUCCUCUAUGCCACAUACCUGUCGGAGAAAAUAGGGUAUUGGAGAUACAUCACAAUUUGCAGGCAUUUGGUGGCCCACCCAGAAUGCCAAAUCUAUCCAAUCUUCAAGUACUUUGAGAACUGGUGCCAAGACGAGAAUAGGCAUGGCGAUUUCAUCGCUGCAAUGUUGAAGGCUCAUCCUCGAUUUCUUAAAGGCUGGGUGUCCAAACUGUGGGCAAGAUUCUUUUGCCUUACAGUGUAUGUAACAAUGUACCUUAAUGACUGCCAAAGGACUGCAUUUUAUGAAGGCAUAGGGCUUGAGACCAAGAAGUUCGACAUGCAUGUCAUCAUUGAGACUAACAAAACGACAGCAAGGCUCUUCCCAGCGGUGUUGGACGUGGAGAACCCAGAAUUCAAGAGAAAGCUGGACAGAAUGGUAGAGAUAAACAAGAAGUUGAGUGCCGUUAGCAAUAGCAAUGAUCCUGAAUUUCUGAAGAAGUUGAAGAAGAUACCCCUUGCUGCUGCUCUCCUUGCCGAGCUCGUGGCAGCUUAUUUCAUGCCCCCAGUUGAUUCUGGAUCUGUUGAAUUACUAGAAUAUGAUCCUAAGCUUGUUUACUAGAUUACUGGUGGAAGAGCAUACUCAGUUCUGUAAUUUUGCAGAAUAAGAGACUGUUGUGAGAAUUUUGUUACCGUCUUUGCCAAAGUCAACGACUUCUUUACUUCUUUGUUUAUCAAGUUGGAUAAAGUUUUACUGUGAAGAACAUGUACGAUUUUGAAGUGC